AUGGAUACUAAUAGCACCAAGAUGACAGAAUUCAUUCUGCAAGGAUUUACUGAAUAUCCAAAGGUACAGAUUGGCUUCUUUGUAACAUUUCUUGUCAUCUAUCUUUUCACCAUGGUAGGGAAUCUGGGGAUGGUUGUGUUGAUCAGGUACAGUUCUCAUCUCCAGACCCCCAUGUAUUUCUUUCUGAUACAUUUUUCAUUUAUGGAUGCUUGCAUUAUCUCAACUAUUGUCCCCAAAAUGUUGUUGAACUUCCUGGGGCAGAGGAAUGCCAUCUCUUAUAGUGGGUGCAUUGUCCAGUUCUUCAUGUUGUGUACUUUCACAGAUGUAGAGUCCUUUAUUUUGGCUGCCAUGGCUAUUGACCGCUAUGUGGCCAUUUGCAAACCAUUGUUCUACACUAUCAUUAUGUCAAAGCCAUGCUGUAUUUGGCUGCUCACUGGGGCUUACAUUGGUGGUGUUGCAAGCUCCCUCAUACACACAUGUGCAUCUCUGAGACUAUCCUACUGUGGGAGGUAUUCUGUCAACCACUUCUUCUGUGACCUUACUGCCCUGUUGGACCUAGCAUGUUCAGAUACAUCCCUCAAUGAGUUACUUUUGUUCACUUUUGCAACUUUGGUUGAAGGGUUCAAUAUUUUGACCAUUGUCACUUCCUAUGCCUUCAUAAACAUGACCAUUAUGAGGAUGCACUCCUGAAGAGAAAGACUCAAAGCAUUUUCCACUUGUGCCUCUCACUUGACAACUUUUCCCCUGUUCCAUGGCACCAUCCUCUUCAUGUAUUUCCGACCCAGCUCCAGCUUCUCAAUGGCCACAGACAAAAGAGUCUCUGUGUUUUACACCAUUAUCAUUCCCAUGUUGAAUCCUCUGAUCUAUAGUCUGAGGAACAAAGAUGUAAAGGAUGCCUUAAUGAAAUUGAUAAGCACAGCAUUGCUCUUUCACACCUUGAGCCUAAACAAGAGCUUCCUCCAUUAG